GUACAGAAGUUACUAUGUAUGUGCCCAGUAGAUUAUCAUGGAAGUUUCCAGCUGGAUCAGAGGCGCCGAGAUGCAGUCAUAGCAUUGGGAAUCUUCCUUGUGGAGUCAGAGCUACAGCACAAAGAAAUUGUGGUCCCUUAUUUGCUUCGGCUUUUGAAGGGCCUUCCCAGAGUACAAUGGAUAGAAGACACUGGUGGAAGGAAAGCAUCAAGAGACACUCUUCCAGUUGCUGAAAACUUCAGUUUUUGCUUGGUGACCUUGCUUUCAGAUACAGCCCAAAGAGAUGCUACACUACGGGUGCAGAUACUGGAAACAGUACUGGCUGUCAUGAAGUCCCUUCUAGCUAUGUGCCAGUUACCUGAGACACAGGAUAAAGAAUACCUUUGCAAGUAUACAGUGCCAUGUCUGAUUGGAAUAUCACGAGCAUUUGGCCGUUACAGCAACACAGAAGAACCCCUCCUGUCGCAGCUGUUUCCAAAGGCUUCUCAGCAGUCCAUGAAGGUGACGGAUGAGAUGGAGGGUGUAAGAAGGAGAUCCUUCAAUGACUUCAGGUCAAUUCUGCCUAGCUCACUGUUAACUGUCUAUCAGAGUGACUCCCUUAAGAGGAAGACCAGCAGCAUUUCCAGCAUCUCACAGGCAAGCCCUGAUCGUGGAACUCCCCUUCCUAGCUCACCUGGAGGGUCUGUCACUGCUAUCAAUUAUUUUGAAGGUUCUUACCUUCCAGAUGGCAACACUUUGGACCCAGAUUAUUAUUUUUCAACAGUGAGUUCCAGUUUUUCUGUUUCUCCACUGUACAUGGGUUUCAGCAAUAAAGAAUAUGACAUUCCCCUUGACUUACUUCGUCAACUGUUGCAAAUGGUGAAACAAGUAGUUAUGGACUCUAAUCUCAAAGCCCUGGACCAAAUGGUGGCAGAAGUUUUGCAGGUUAAUCCAGUAGCAGAGCUUUACUACAAGACAUUCAGUGAAGCUGUUCAUGUCGCCAUGUUUAAAAUGCUGAGGGACACACUUUACUACAUGAAAGAUUUGCACAACUCUUUCGCAAAAGAGGUUCAUGAAUUUGUGCUGGAGGAGUUCAGCAGAAGCCAGGCUGAGGUGCAGAAGAUUCUACAUGAUGUGGACCGGCCGCAGAGUGACAUGAGUCCUGUGAAGCUGCGCUGCCAAGCUAAUGCUGCCUGUGUUGACUUAAUGGUGUGGGCCGUUAAGGAUGAGCAAGGAGCAGAGAAUCUGUGCAUAAAGCUGUCUGAGAAGUUGCAGUCCAAGACGUCUAGUAAGGUCAUCGUUGCUCACAUGCCACUUCUUAUCUGCUGUUUACAGAGAUAAAGAUCAGUGUGACAAAUGAGCAUUCCGAGUCCACGCUAAGUGUUCUGUCCAGCAGGAAAAGUCAGACCUCCAUGUACGAACAGCUGCGGGACAUUGCAAUUGAUAACAUCUGCAGAUGUCUGAAGGCUGGGCUGACCAUUGACACAGAGAUUGUUCAAGCAUUCCUUGCUAGUUUGUCAAACCGCCUCUACAUUUCCCAGGAGAACGACAAGGAGGCUCACUUGAUUCCUGAUCACACAAUCCGGGCUCUGGGGCACAUUGCUGUGGCCCUGCGGGAUAGCCCAAAGGUCAUGGAGUCCAUCUUGCAGAUCUUGCAGCAGAAGUUUUGCCAGCCCCCAUCACAGCUGGAUGUUCUCAUCAUCGACCAACUUGGCUGCAUGGUUAUUACUGGCAAUCAAUACAUUUAUCAGGAGGUAUGGAAUCUUUUCCAACAAAUCAGUGUCAAAGCAAGCAAUGUGGUUUACUCUGCUACUAAAGACCCCAAGGACCAUGGAUACAGGCAUUGCUCCCUGGCUGUCAUCAAUGCUCUGGCCAACAUAGCUGCUAACAUUCAGGGGGAUCAUUUGGUGGAUGAGCUGCUGGUCAACCUUUUGGAGCUGUUUGUCCAACUUGGGCUGGAGGGAAAGCGAGCAAGUGAAAGAGCCAGUGAGAAGGGGCCAGCACUCAAGGCUUCCAGCAGCGCAGGCAAUCUUGGUGUGCUGAUUCCAGUCAUUGCAGUGUUAACUAGACGACUACCACCAAUAAAAGAGGCUCGCCCCAGGCUACAGAAGCUUUUCCGUGAUUUCUGGCUUUAUUCAGUUGUCAUGGGUUUUGCUGUGGAAGGAUCAGGUUUGUGGCCUGAGGAGUGGUAUGAGGGUGUGUGUGAGAUAGCAACAAAGUCUCCGUUAUUGACCUUCCCCAGUGGUGAGCCGCUUCGAUCAGAGCUGCAGUAUAAUUCUGCCCUGAAGAACGACACUGUAACUCAGGCAGAGCUGAUUGAGCUAAGGAGUACCAUCACUAACCUGCUAGAUCCACCUCCUGAAGCGGGAGCUUACAUUAAUAAACUGGAUUUUGCAAUGUCCACCUAUCUCCUGUCUGUGUACCGCCUGGAGUAUAUGAGGGUACUGCGAUCAACAGAUCAGGACCGUUUUCAAGUCAUGUUUCGUUAUUUUGAAGACAAGGCCAUCCAGAAAGAUAAAUCAGGGAUGAUCCAGUGUGUGAUUGCAGUAGCUGACAAAGUCUUUGAUGUCUUCCUGGCAGUUAUGGCUGACAAGGCAAAAACGAAAGAACAUGAAGCAGAGCUGGAGAGGCAUGCACAGUUCCUUCUGGUAAAUUUUAACCACAUUCACAAGAAGAUCCGAAGGGUGGCAGAUAAAUACCUGUCAGGGCUUGUUGAUAAGUUCCCACAUUUGUUAUGGAGUGGUACAGUAUUGAAGACCAUGCUGGACAUUUUGCAGACCCUGUCACUUUCCCUUAGUGCUGAUAUUCACAAGGAUCAGCCCUACUAUGACAUUCCAGAUACUCCAUACAGAAUCACUGUCCCUGACACACAUGAGGCCAGAGAGAGCAUCGUAAAAGACUUUGCUGCUCGUUGUGGUAUGAUUCUUCAAGAAGCAAUGAUAUGGGCUCCUUCUGUCACUAAGUCACACCUCCAGGAGUACCUGAAUAAACACCAGAACUGGGUGUCUGGUCUGUCCCAACAUACCGGCCUUGCCAUGGCUACAGAGAGCAUCCUUCAUUUUGCUGGAUACAACAGGCAAAACACUACAAUAGGGGCUACACAGCUGACUGAGAGACCUACAUGCGUCAAGAAGGACUACUCCAACUUUAUGGCAUCACUUAACCUCCGCAACCGCUAUGCAGGAGAGGUGGCCGGAAUGAUCCAUUUCUCUGAGUCACUGGGAAACGUGUCUGACCUGAAUAAACUAAUGGUUAAGCAAUUGGAUGGAGUACUUGAAUCUGGUCAGCCUGAGGCCUAUACACAGGCUAUGUUUAAACUGACUGCUCUUCUCAUCAGCUGUAAGGAUUGUGAUCCUCAGCUUCUUCACCAUCUAUGUUGGGCUCCAUUGCGCAUGUUCUCUGAGCAUGGUGUAGAGACUGCCAUUGCAUGCUGGGAGUGGCUGCUGGCUGCCAAGAAUGGGAUUGAAGUUCCAUUUAUGCGUGAGAUGGCUGGUGCUUGGCAGAUGACCGUGGAGCAGAAACUUGGUCUGUUUUCUGAGAUGAAGAAGGAAGCAGAUCCUUUGGCUGCUUCAGAAGAGAGUCAGCCUUUCCCCUGCCCUCCUGAAGUCCUACCUCAUUCCAUCUGGAUUGAUUUUCUGGUGCAGAGAUUUGAGAUAGCAAAGUACUGCAGUGCUGAUCAGGUGGAAAUUUUUGCUAACCUUCUUCAGCGUUCAUUGUCACUGAAUGUUGGAGGGCAGAAAUGCAGCUUAAACUGUCAUGUGGCUGCUAUAGGACCUCGCUUCAAGUUGUUGACUCUGGGAUUGGCAUUACUUCAUGCAGAUGUGGUUCCCAAUGCAACAAUCAGAAAUGUGCUGAGAGAGAAAGUCUACUCCACAGCUUUCGAUUAUUUCAGCAUUGCCCCCAAGUUCCCUACCCAAGGGGAGAAGAGACUUCGGGAAGACAUCAGCAUUAUGAUCAGAUUUUGGACAGCUAUGUUUUCGGAUAAGAAGUACUUGGCUGCUAACCAGCUAGUUCCUCCAGAUAACCAGGACCCAUCAGUGCACAGCCUAUCUGUUGUGUCUGUGCCAGAUACGCGGAGCAAUCUUGAUGUAACUGUUGGAUCCCGGCAGCAGAGUGCACAGGGUUGGAUAAAUACAUAUCCACUUUCUAGUGGGAUGUCAACCAUCUCCAGAAAAUCAGGCCUGUCUAAGAAAACCAACAGGGGAACACAGCUUCACAAGUACUACAUGAAACGGAGGACUUUGCUUCUCUCAUUGCUGGCUAAUGAGAUUGAGCGCCUCACGACUUGGUACAACCCUCUGUCCUCCCCAGAGCUGGCCAUGGAUCAGACUGGGGAAAGCAGCGUAACUAACUGGAGAUCGAAGUACGUCAGCCUGAGUGAAAAGCAGUGGAAGGACAAUGUGAAUCUGGCCUGGAGUAUUUCCCCUUACCUAGCAGUGCAGCUACCUCUCAGGUUUAAAAAUGCUGAAUCAAUAGCAACAGAAGUGACCCGUCUUGUCAGAUUGGAUCCUGGUGCUGUCAGCGAUGUAUCCGAAGCUAUCAAGUACCUGGUUACUUGGCACACCAUUGAUGCUGAUGCUCCAGAACUUAGCCACAUCUUGUGCUGGGUACCAACGGAUCCACCUACUGGCCUUUCUUAUUUCUCCAGCAUGUACCCACCACAUCCACUGACGGCACAAUAUGGUGUCAAAGUGCUGCGUUCUUUUCCUCCGGAUGCUAUUUUAUUCUACAUUCCACAGAUUGUGCAAGCACUCCGAUAUGACAAGAUGGGUUACGUGAGAGAAUAUAUACUGUGGGCUGCAGCCAAGUCCCAGCUACUUGCCCACCAGUUCAUCUGGAAUAUGAAGACUAACAUUUAUUUGGAUGAAGAGGGCCAUCAGAAAGAUCCUGAGAUUGGAGACCUUCUGGAGCAGAUAGUUGAAGAGAUAACUGGAUCCCUCUCAGGCCCAGCCAAAGACUUCUACCAGCGGGAGUUUGACUUUUUUAACAAGAUCACCAAUGUAUCAGCUAUUAUCAAACCUUUUCCUAAAGGAGAAGAACGGAAGAAGGCUUGUUUAAGAACUCUGUCUGAGAUUAAAGUACAGCCAGGCUGUUACCUGCCUAGUAAUCCAGAAGCAAUAGUACUUGACAUUGACUAUAAAUCUGGAACACCUAUGCAAAGUGCUGCUAAAGCUCCCUACCUGGCUAAGUUUAAGGUGAAACGAUGUGGAGUCAGUGAACUCGAAAAGGAAGGUCUGCGCUGCAGGUCAGAUUCUAUCGAUGAGAGUGCUGAGGCAGAGAACAAUGACAAAGUUUGUUGGCAGGCAGCCAUCUUUAAAGUGGGUGAUGACUGCAGACAGGAUAUGCUUGCCUUGCAAAUCAUUGGGCUGUUUAAGAACAUCUUUCAACUAGUGGGCCUGGACCUGUUUGUGUUUCCCUACAGGGUGGUGGCUACAGCUCCAGGGUGUGGAGUUAUUGAGUGCAUUCCUGACUGCAAAUCCCGAGACCAGCUAGGCAGACAGACGGAUUUUGGAAUGUAUGAAUACUUUCGAAACCAGUAUGGAGACGAGUCAACCCUUGCAUUUCAAAAGGCUCGUUACAAUUUUAUUCGUAGUAUGGCUGCCUACAGUCUCCUGCUUUUCUUGCUUCAGAUCAAAGAUCGGCACAAUGGGAACAUUAUGCUGGAUAGUAAAGGCCAUCUCAUACAUAUAGAUUUUGGUUUCAUGUUUGAGAGUUCACCCGGUGGCAAUCUUGGCUGGGAGCCUGACAUCAAACUGACUGACGAGAUGGUAAUGAUCAUGGGAGGAAAGAUGGAAGCCACCCCCUUUAAGUGGUUCAUGGAGAUGUGUGUGAGGGGCUACCUGGCUGUCAGACCUUACAUGGAUGCAGUGGUCUCUCUAGUAACACUUAUGCUGGACACUGGUUUGCCGUGCUUCAGAGGACAGACUAUCAAGCUUCUAAAACAAAGGUUCAAUCCCAAUGUGAGUGAGAGGGAAGCUGCAAACUACAUCAUCAAAAUCAUUUCAAACUGCUUCCUUAGUAACAGGAGCAAGACGUACGACAUGAUCCAGUAUUAUCAGAACCAAAUACCCUACUGAAACGUCAGUCAGUCCGCAGAAAUUUUUGUGUGACUCUUUUGACAACUACUGUACUUUCUGUUCUCCACAACCAUGUGCACUGUUUCUGACGUUUGACCUGCUGCCUCUGUCCACUCAGUCUGGUCAGUAGCUGUAAUGCUGUCUAGGCUGUGCUGCUUAUCAUUCCUAUCAUUUACUGAUGGUCAUCGUAAGGCUGUGUGCUGCAGUGUAAUUCUUUGUUCAUGGGAAUUAGUCAUAGGCAAUUGUCCUUUGGACCAGACUUUGAACGUUUUGAAUUCUUCACUGUGGAGCUUCUGUUUUCCUCAAGCUGAAGGUGCCAGCAUCAUGCUUGGCUAUAGUUCUUUUUUGACACAAGAAACCUAUGACCACUCAAUUCACAAGGGUCAAUCAGUUCCUUCCAGGUCACUACAGAGUGUGAUAGGUCUCCCAAUUUUUGCCUUUUUUUGCAUCACUAAUUAAGGUUGUUAAUGUCGUUGUUUGUAUUCCUGCUUGCUGUUUGAUGCUUUUUUUUUUGGGGGGGUGGAGUGUUCAAUGAUAUCCCUGAAAAAAAAUCAGCAGGUACAAUUGUGGGAAACGAAAUCCUCCAAUGAACCACUAUUUACAGUGCUCUUUUGCUGGAACAAAGAUCACCAAGUUGCCAUUUGAGCAUUGCAAGAAUGUGAAUAAAAAGAUAUUGCUUAGCUGCA